GGCCGGGCGAGCUGCCGCCUGCGCCCGAAGCGAGCGGAGCGCGGCCAUGCCCGGGCCCUAGCGCGCUGCCGCAGCCCGCGCCCGCCGCCGCCUCUUCAAUGGGCAACCUGCUCGGCGGGGUCAGCUUCCGCGAGCCCACCACCGUGGAGGACUGCGACUCCACCUGGCAGACCGACUCGGAGCCCGAGCCUGAGCAGCCGGGGCCGGCAGGCGGUGGCGAGGGCCAGGAGCAGGACGAGCGGGAGCAGCCCGAGCAGCCUCCCGAGAGAGCCGGAGGGCGACCCCGCGCCAGCCCCGUGCCCGAAGACCACGCCGAGGCGGCGGGCGCGGAGCAGGGUGGCGAUUCCACAGAAGGAAAUGCUAAACCAAAGAGAAGCUUCUAUGCGGCGAGGGAUCUGUACAAGUACCGACAUCAGUACCCACAGAACUUCAAAGAUAUCCGAUACCAAAAUGACUUGAGCAACCUUCGCUUUUAUAAGAAUAAAAUUCCAUUUAAGCCAGAUGGUGUUUACAUUGAAGAGGUUCUGAAUAAGUGGAAAGGAGACUACGAAAAGCUAGAGCACAACCACACUUACAUCCAAUGGCUUUUCCCCCUGAGAGAACAAGGCUUGAACUUUUAUGCUAAAGAAUUAACCACAUAUGAAAUUGAGGAAUUCAAAAAGACAAAGGAAGCAAUCAGAAGAUUCCUCUUGGCUUACAAAAUGAUGCUAGAGUUCUUCGGGAUAAAGUUGAUUGAUAAGACUGGAAAUGUUGCUCGGGCCGUGAACUGGCAAGAACGGUUUCAACAUCUGAAUGAGUCUCAGCACAACUAUUUAAGGAUUACCCGAAUUCUUAAAAGCCUUGGUGAGCUUGGGUACGAGAGUUUUAAAUCUCCUCUGGUAAAAUUCAUUCUUCACGAGGCUCUCGUGGAAAACACUAUUCCCAAUAUCAAGCAGAGUGCCCUGGAGUACUUCGUUUAUACAAUUCGGGACAGGAGGGAGAGGAGAAAGCUCCUGCGGUUUGCCCAGAAACAUUACACACCGUCAGAGAAUUUUAUAUGGGGGCCACCUAAGAAAGAACAACCAGAGAGAAGCAAAGCCCAGAAAACACCUACUCUGCCUGCUGUAGGCUCCAACGGCCAAACCUCUACGCACAAGAAAUCUAAGGACUCCAAAAAUUCCUCAGCAGCUAGUCACUUAAAUAACAAAACAGUGGAAGGAAAGAAGGUGGCAUCUACAGAGCCCGGGGAGGAGACAGACAAGCCAAGCCCAGAGGCCAGCAGUGAAGAUACCAAGCCAAGAACCGCGGAGGACGACAAUGCUGCCGACCAAUCAGAGUCUCCACCCGAGAAAACCGUUACUGAUUCCGCAGGAAAAGGGGAAUGUCCGACGACUUCUUCUGAAAAAGAUGGAGAAGGGGAAAACCAGAGCAAAGACUCUGAAAACCCUGAAAAUGCCAGUUGUCACGCUGAGGUAGUGUCACAGCAAAAUGCCACAAACCCACAAACCAGUUCUGGUUAAGGGAGUUGAAAGAAAAACCCUGCUGUCUAAUGUAUCCUGAAGAACAGAGAUGAGGUCACAUUUAAAAUGUUAGCCACCUGUGGCUUUUGCUGUAAGCCCUUUGUUCUCGUUUUUUAUUUUGGAUCACGAUGAAUUGGACAUUUAAUAAGAAAUCUUAAGACCAGAUCCAAUAAAAGAAUGUAUUUAGGA